AUGGCAGCAGCAGUGCUGACCAAGACCGUCAACGACUCCAACUACCUCGACAAGCCAUGCUGUUUCAAGUCUGUCAGCUGCCAUGUCCUUCUGCUGCACAUGGCCACUGAGCUCGAUCCCCAUUGCAGACAGCUGGUGACUGAUCACCACAAGUGGAUUGGUACAUUCUUGCCGGAGACAGGCAGCCUACCCUGCAUAUUUCCCGACGUUUUGCAACAGCUGCCACCAGAGCCACUGCUUUUCCUACCGGGUACCUUUAAUGAGAAACGAUCUAGGGUGGAACGCUGCACAUUGGCACCUCGUCAGGCAUGCUGCACCCAUGCUUCCUUCUGUCCUAGCAACCUCAGAACGGAUGUGGACGUAUCUGGGCUUCCCUGCCCAGAUAACAGCAAGGCCAACCACAAGAGAAAAUUCGAGCAGGGGGACAGCGGGCUGAUUUACAUCACUUGGGCGAGGGCCCAUCGUGAUAGGAGGACACCCCUUCUAAUCCUCGAAAACGUCCCAGAUCUGAAGAUCGACGUCGUGCGAGAGCUGCUCGAGGACGAUUACCUGGUGAUCCAGCUAUUCGUAGAGCCUAGUGAUGUGGGCCAUCAUGGCAUUCAGAGAAAGAGAACGUUUAUCUAUUGCUCACACCAUGUCACAGGGCGCUACCUCUUUGAUAUUCAUGAGGCAUACAACUACAUAAAAGAGAGUCUCAGCACGCACAUCCGCACACGCCCCCGGGACUACUUGGUUGCAACCGACUUUGAGAUCAGACUGGCUGCUCAGCAAGCAGCAAGUGAUCGAGGCGUUGCAUACCGCCACGGGAUCACCGACUUGACCUAUCUUCUGAGUGACUUCGAAAAAGAGCAAGUGGCAGCCCUCAGCGAGCAAUACAAGAGACGAUGGGGCGUUGAUCCAUGCCAGGAUGCCGACCUCGUGUUUUUCCUCGGUGAUCGUGCAACGUACUCACGUGUCUGGAGUGCUGUGAGUGGCAAGCUACCCACUUACCGGCGCAACCCUGGCAAGUAUUGGUUUCCACAUGCAGGGCGUUGGCUGCUUCCAGUUGACAAACUUGCAUCCAUGGGCCUUCCAGUGACGGAAGCUACAGCACACAUGAUGGGGGUGCCGGUUCUACCAGUACUCGACCCAAAACGAGCAAGCAGCAUCCAGGGAAAUGCUAUGCAUUUCAGCAACCUAGCAGUCGUCUUGCUGCUGGGGUUGACAUGCUUCGGCCCGAAUAACGAAGAGCCUAGCAUCGACUGGGCAGCUCUUGCCCGGGCUGGCUACUAG